AUGAAGAUGGUAGCCAGAAACUCCUCUGUGACAGAAUUCAUCCUCGCAGGUUUAACAGACCAGCCAGAACUCCAGAUGCCCCUCUUCUUCCUGUUUCUAGGUUCCUAUAUACUCACUGUGGUGGGGAACAUGGGCUUGAUAACCCUGAUUGGGCUGAACUCUCAUCUGCACACACCCAUGUAUUUUUUCCUAUAUAACUUAUCCUUCAUAGAUUUCUGCUAUUCCACUGUAAUCACCCCUAAAAUGCUGAUGAGUUUUGUCUCAAAGAAGAACAUUAUUUCUUAUGCAGGCUGUAUGACUCAGCUCUUUUUCUUUCUUUUUUUUGUUGUUUCUGAGUCCUUCAUCCUGUCGGCAAUGGCAUAUGACCGUUACAUGGCCAUCUGCAACCCGCUGAUGUACACAGUCUCCAUGUCUCCCCAGGUCUGCCUGCUCCUUCUGUUAGGUGUCUAUAUAAUGGGGUUUGCAGGGGCCAUGGCCCAUACAGCAUGCAUGGUGAGACUGACAUUCUGUGCUGACAACCUUGUCAACCACUACAUGUGUGACAUUCUUCCCCUUCUUGAACGUUCUUGCACUAGCACGUAUGUGAAUGAGCUGGUUGUCUUCAUCGUGGUGGGCAUUGAUAUCGGCGUACCUACAAUCACAAUAUUUGUCUCUUACACCCUCAUCCUUUCUAGCAUUCUCCAGAUUAGCUCCACAGAGGGCAGGUCCAAGGCCUUCAGCACCUGCAGUUCCCACAUCAUUGCUGUUUCUCUUUUCUUUGGAUCAGGGGCAUUCAUGUACCUCAAACCAUCUUCUCUUUUACCUAUGAACCAGGGGAAAGUGUCCUCCUUGUUCUAUACCAUAGUGGUACCUAUGCUCAACCCAUUAAUCUAUAGUUUGAGGAAUAAAGAUGUCAAAAUUGCUUUAAAGAAAACUUUGAACAAAACAUUCUUCUCCUAA